GUUUUGUUUACGUAAUAAUAAAAACUUACUAAAAUAAAGGAAAACAGAAUUUCAUUAAAAAUUGCAGGUCCAUUCCCGCGCCUCAGCUUACGGAUGAAAAAUGCCCAAUUAGUAUGUAACAUAAACAAAGAGGACCGACCCCAAAAAUAAUUAGAAAGGGUAAAACAAGUAUGUGGUGGGCUACGUCUCUCACUCCUGUCGGACCAUACUUUCCGGUUCCCAUGCCCAUACCCAAACCCACCAAACACCAACCUCACAACGUCUCAGCCAAUUUCCGUUUAUCUAGUCAGCCAGCCGCCUCGAACAGAGGCAACAACUUCAAGCAAGAAGAGGGGAAAGAGAUAAGUGGGUCAGACGUGCUUUGGGCUUUGCAGAGAGCAGCCGCCCAGAAGAAGAAAGCCAAGAGAAGGAAAAAGGGAUCAGCACCAUCUAAAGGUAGUCAUAGAGAAAAGGAUGGCACUGAUUACGGUAAUGUUAGGCCCUUGCAAAUAAAGAACGAGUGGAGUCUUAAGUUGGAUGAGCUGGAAAAGCGUCUUCAGGAGCUGGAAGAGACCACUUGAAUUCACUUUCUUUUUCUUUUUUUUCUUCUUGAUCUUUAAUUUAUCUGCAAGCUGUUAUUACAGUUUAAACAUUCAAGUCUAUUCCUAAAAUCUUGGCCCUGAAACUUGAUAUUUAAUUUGCAAAAUUGCAUAAUUUUCUUGUUUCGCCUUUUUCUUUGAUAGCUGUACUUGACCCACUUCGAUGGUUUAAUGGUUCGAUCUUGGUUCUUGUUUGGCCA